AUGCCUCGCAGAUAUGUAAGUUUCGCAGUGUUUUCCCUCUGCGAUGGGCCGAUCCGGGCUUUUGACCUACAUUCACUAUUCCUACCGGACCCAAACUUCGUACGAUUAUCAGUAUUCGUUUGAAGUAUCUAUCUUGAAGCUGUCAGACAGAUUUGAUCAUCUGAUCUAGAGAUAUAGUUAUCCACGGCUUAAAAACCUGGUUUUAGAAAGAAACCCGGGUUCUUUAGUCCUAAGUUACUCAACCUCUAAUUCAGAUAAUCUGAUUCAUCUGACUUCUUAAAGGUAAAUACUUCAAUUCAAAACUGACAAUCAUGCAAUGUAUGGGUCCAAUCAGAAUACUGGAAGUGCGUCAAAAGACCAGGUCCCUGCUCAGUGCCCAUCUCAGUAUCAGCCAUUUUGAAUGGAGAAGUAGUGCAGCUAAUAAUAUAUCUUUCAGACAAGAUCAUCAGUCGAAACGGGCGAAUAUGCGCCUGAAAGUCCGGAGAGCCCAGAAGAACAUUCGAGAAGAGUCUCUCGUUUCAAGGUGGAGGAUUUCCCGGAUGAACUGCUCGAAAUGGACGACGGUCAGCCCGCACUGCCGCACCAGCCAAGCUCUGGGCCUCUCGAGUACAUUCCAACGCCGAAAGUGAAAAAGGAAAAGGUGAAACACGAAGAGGAUGAGGAUGAAGAAGAGGAGGAGGACGAAGAGUACGACGAGGAAGAAUACGUUCCGACGGCUCCGUUGACCAGAAGAUCCAGCACGAGAAGGUCCUCCAACAAUGUGAAGCAGGAGGAGCCGGAAGAGGAGACUCCGAAACAGGAGAGCUCCUCGAAAAAGAAGAAGGACGCUCCAAAAGAGGAGAAGAAGAAGGAGAAAAAGGAGAAAAAGCUGUCGAAAGAGCAGAAAAAGAAGGAACAGGAACGGAGAAAGCUUGACAGCGAGUUGGACGCGGAGCUGAGAGCUGCUCACGGGGGCGGACCUACGAAAUCGAAAAAGAAGAAACCGGAGAAGCCGGCGUAUGUGGGAGGGCUGCCGACGUCGUCCAUACAGACUGCUCCCGUCGUCUCGAAUCCAUACAACUAUGAUCCAAAAAUGGAAAUGGUGAAACUCGGAACUGGGCAGCUCAAAUCGGCGUAUCGAAAGAGUAAAACUGUAAGACCUUUUCUAUUAAAUGUAAAUUUCAUAACAAACGUAUUAUUUCAGAAUGUCGAACUUCACAUACAAAAGAAUCUGUACAAGCUGGAGCCGAAACGUGGAAGCCAAGAUGGAGACAGCCGGGAAGUGAGUGAGGAACCCGAUGCCUACACACCGUCUAACAUUCCAACGGGAACGGAAGGCGCUGCGAGCAGUAAGCCGAUUCUGUUCGAUUACUCAGGAAUGGACGAUUAUGACGACUUGAAGCCGCCAGCGAAACGGAGCAAAAGUGAGUAGAUUCUUUUCCGAAACGACUUGAAACUGUUUUGUUUUCAGUAGAGCCGAUCAGCGUGGACAUUGUGGAGACUCCGUCUUCUUCGAAGAGAAGGGAUUCCCGUGAGUCUGCUCGUCCGAGCCCUUACACUCCAACUCCGAUCGUCGCCACGCCAUCUCCAUCCAACAACAAACCGAAACACUCUUCUCCGGCAAUCUUUUCCCCGUCCAUCUACUCUCCAUCAGCUGAAACUCCGAAAGCGCACUCGUCGACGGAAAGACGUGGAAGCGAUUCGAUGCGGAAGGGAGUCUACAUGCCGCCUCAGUCCCGUCAGGACAAGCUGAUUGCUGAGGCCUCUUCCCGUCAUUCUUCCAUUUCAACGGAACGUCGUCCGAGCUUCAUCCCACAGCUCACUUCGUCCAGAACUCCCUCGACUGAAACCAAUGCUCUGUACACUCCAAGUGCUCCCGCUCCGAUUAGAGUCAGUCAACCAUCCCAUUUCGAUCUUAACUUUGAUUCACGUUUUUUUCAGUCGUCUUGGCUCCCGAACACUUCUGCUCUGAAUCGUCGUACCGUCGAAGAAAAUGCUCCGAUCGAUGUGGUCAAUGACGUUCAGUCGCCGCUCGACGUGCUCAACUCUCCCGUUCCAGCUGCGAUCACUCCGCCGCCCGUCUCUCUUGCCGAGUUCACCAACGGCCGCAAGAACAAUCACGAGGAAGGGUAAGCCAAUCAGUUUCCUUUUCUCAAGCAGCAGCAGUCAUACGCAGUUACAGAAAGAAGCACAGAAUGCCAGCAAAGGAAGCGAUGGCCGAACUGAAGACGCUCGUCGGAAAGCUGAAUUCGCUCAACGACUCCUGA